GAGAUGGCGCAAGAUGUAACUUCCUGCAAUCUGUAUACAGUACGAGUUGGUACGAAGAUACGAAUGUGUGAUGUAAUAACCACACAUAACCUCACGUAUAAACAAGUAGCGUCUGGAAAUUUUGGAUUUCUCUCAACAUAUCUUAUAAUCACCAGCAAAACCAUGUCGAAGGUACCGGAUAUCAAGGUGAAUGCGGCCACUGAUGGGGACAGACCCAUGUCCAUAACGCGGCGUAUGGAGAGAGAAAGAGAACGUCUGAUAGGAAUGACAGAUGAGGAACGAGCAUGGAGGAAGAAAUGGUUACAGGCUCAGGAGUUAGCUCCUGAAGAACCAGUGAUGCCAAAGCAUUAUUACAAAGAAAUGUAUAAUCCAAUCAGGAGAUUUUACAAGUGGCCAAUGGACAAGUUUGAAAAUAUGUUGCAACCAAUUAUGGGUAAAUCAUACGCCUUUUAUACACGACAUCUUAUAAGCAAGUCAGCAAUGGGUAUCUGUGGAAUUUAUUUGAUGUGGUAUCAUCUAAAGUAUCAUAAAAUGACCGGUUUCAGGAAUGAUGGACGACAGAAGUAUGAAUAUCGUUCCUUGGAGAUUGAAACCAGACUGAUGCCGCACGCACACGGAUCGGCGCGAUUAAGAAUAGGCAAUACGGACGUUUUGGUCGGCGUGAAAGUAGAAAUCGACAUACCGCACGCUGACAGACCUCAAGAAGGCAAAUUAGACUUCUUCGUGGACUGCUCUGCCAAUGCCACACCAGCGUUUGAAGGUAAAGGAGGGGACGACCUGGCGACUGAGAUAAGCAACCUCCUCUCCUUGGCUUAUCAAACACCAGAUGCUUUUGACUUGAGACAGUUAUGUAUAUUGCCUCACAAGAAGUGUUGGAAAAUGUACGUGGACAUUUUGAUUCUACAAUGUGGUGGGAAUCUUUUCGACGCGGUAGGCGCCGCGGUAAAGGCUGCGUUGUACAACACCGAGAUCCCGAGAGUGAUCGCGGCGACGCUCGACGGCGGCGAACCGGACAUUCAGCUGUCGGAUGAUCUUUACGAUUGCGUCAAACUGGACGUGACGAAUUACCCCGUAGUGAUAACGGUGUGCAAGAUCGGCGAUAGCUGCGUGGUGGAUCCAACGUCGGAAGAGGAAUCGUGCAGUUCUGCUAGCCUCCUCAUGUCUGUGAUGCCGAAUGGCAAGAUGACGUCUGUAGUUAAGAUAGGAUAUGCCAGCCUGCAGCCUACUACCUUGAUUAAAAUGUUGGAGGUAGGAAAGAACGUUGCUCUCAAACUGAACCAAGCUCUCCUGAAAGGAUUAGAGGAGGAGGACAAGCUCGGUCAAUCGAGGCCAAUAUGUGGUUUUCUUAGAUAAUACUUGCGCCGCGCUCGCCAUUGGGCCACUAAGAGUACA